AUGACUCAAUGGAAGCCUACCAGUCGUCGUACUUCUCCUGCAAAAGAAAAGCGAGAAACACGAAGCGAGAAGAGUUCGGAGGACUCCAACAGGGCAGCAUCCUCUCAAGUAAAAAAACAGAGAUUCAGUGCGAAUUUGUCAACACAGAAGGCGCUGAUGCAGUGGAUCGAAGCUGAGCACUUGAGGGUGCUCUACUCGAAGGAGGAAGUGGAGAAGAUGUUCGGCAACGGUCUGGGUGAGGAGGAGUUCGUUGACAACUGCAGAGAAUAUGCCACUCGGGUUAUGCCCGACCGAGAGGAUGUCUAUCAUUCGAGCAUGGAGGACAUCAUCAACGAGCUGCUCAAUAUCGCUGUGAUGGACGCUUAUGCAGCCAAGGCUGACGGUGACGCUGCAGCCGCGACCAUCACCGCUUGCGAGAAUGAAACGAAAGCGGACAUCGCUGAUGUGACGUGUAUAAACAGCGUUCUUACUAAGAUCGGUCUACCGCUUAUGUCAACCACUGAGGCCACUGUACAGGAAGUGCAGACUGCUAUCGAUUGUAUCCAACGCCUGGCUGCUGAAGGAUCUGGCAACCUCUUACCAGCUGAUAUCAACACACUGAGGGUCGUAUUGAGAGACAAGUACCUUGACAAAUGCCAGAGUGACAUCAAUCGUGCCAUGGCACAGCUGCAGGCGAUUACGGCCAAUCCCGUUCUGACACAUCUUUUUCGUUGUCAAUAUGGGCUGCUGAGGUCGCGCAGGAGAAUCACCAUGACAGAACGACCAGGGAGUGGGAAGGGAAGCGGCGAUGAAGGAGAUUCGGUGUCGAAAAAUCACGUAUCAUGCCAAGACUGCAUUUUUCUGCAACCAGAAGUGCUUCGAGGACAACUGGGGGGAGCAUUCAAAACUUCAUGCUGUAUUGGCGCAGGCGGCACCACUAAGGGCAAGUCUACAGCAGCAGCGGCUACAGCUGCGAUGAGGGAGGUCAUCACCCAAAGAGCUACUCUGGGAGAGAGGAGACGUCAGGACCGUCCUGAUGACUCCGAUGAUGAAUCGUUGAUAUCAGCAACGACCAAGAACCGCAUCAAAGAGUUCCUGGACUCCACUGCCCGUCGAAUAAUAGACGGUCCUCAACUACGGUCUAGAGGAGCAUCUCCCUCUCCCACUCCUCUGUCGCUAACUACCACGGACAUAUUCAACGCUAAAGCUGCCUCUAUGAACAUAGAAAGGCAAGGCCUUGUCCGACGUACAGGAGACCAAUCAUUCGAGGCCUUUCUGAGCGCUUCGGUUAAGGGCGUAUUGGCAUUCGCCGCCCAAGUCUUGAAUGAACCUAGGCAGCUUCUUGCUGGCUUGCGACCAGCCAUCUGGGUGCUCGUGUGUAUGGUCGCGCUGCUCAUCAUUUCUUCGGGGUGCGUCCUCACCGCCAGAAAGACAAUCACGAUAGGUUUCAGCACGUCGCUGCAUCAGCUGGAUCGGGCAGCGGACUUCCUCCCUGUGACACUAGUCCGCAGUGCACAACCCGCUGUGGGCGUUGUUGAAGAGCCAGUCCUUAACGCGGCGAUCGGCGACGGCGUUCGAGCUAGGGCACACUUUCUGUCGACGGCAUCGAAUCAUAGUGGCUCCGUACUGGCAUUGAGGGCGGAGCGACGCGAGGUGGUCGUGGGAGAAGCUGUCCAGCAGCGGCAGCCUCUCCAGAAUGCCACAGGGGCCAGCAACGUCAUCAUUGGGCUCAUCAGCAGCUUGUCAAAGGGAGAGCGUCUAGCUGCUUCUGUUGUUCCCAAAGAGAACAACACAGAGGAAAAAGCUGUUGCGACACCUUUGGUCGCUAGCAAAACCGCGACGACGCCGGGCGUGGCAGGCGAACCUGGUGCGGAUGUUUACAAGAAAGUAUUAGUUAAUUUAGCUAAGAUGACUGGACAUGAGAACGACAUCGAUGGUCUCUUGUUGAAGGCUGCCUCCGCGAGUGCUAGUAUCAACAGCUCACAUGGUGGAUCUUCCGAGAAGGUCAACAACGCUAGACAGAUGAGAAAACCGGCGUGGCUCCUCUGA